AUGCUUGCGCAAGCGAAUGCCUGGGCAAUACCACUGGCCACUAACUACCCUAUGAAGGUAUCGCGCAGCAGUCUGACAUUUUUGCUAGGCAAGAAAGGCGAGGCCCUCACAACACCAGUAACUUUUCGCAAGGUCGCGCGUUCUUGGCCACCCGAUUUCCAGCCGCGUUUUAAGCCACGCGCCGGGGCAGACGCUGAUGCUUUCCGCCCGGAGCGACUUUUUAGUCUGGACCCCGCGCGGUAUCGGUUUGGGUUUGUUCGCUGGGGGAUCGGACGUGACAAGUGCCUGGGCAAGAAUAUGGCAGAGGUGAUUCUGAAGCUAGCGAUUCUGGCUGUGACGGACAAGUAUACGCUACAUGUACCCUCUGCACUGCCUGAUCAAGGAGAGAAAUCGGAGGCUGGCUUCACGAUCAACCGGGACGUGGAAGUAGAAUUCAGACCCGCCAUCUAG